CUUAAACUGAGCACUUAGUCUGUUUAUCUGACAAACACAUUCUCUGUGUAUGAUUUUUUAAAUCAAAAUGUGUUAAUGUAGAAUCAACCCAGUUCUAGUACCUGUGUCUCCCUCUUAUACUUAUAUCUUUAAUUACAUAUUCUGUCUGAAGGAUGCCUGUGUGAAACAGGUAGCACAGUGUGGUCCUAAAUAACGUGGUUAAACACCUAUUUUUGUGAAUGUGCUGAGCUUGUAUUUGCAACUUUGCACUGAUUCUGUUUGUGUGGCUUCAGAGUGAAUGGAAGUGCUGGAUUCUGUCCUGAAUGCAUAGAAGGAAUGUGAGUGUCUCCAGGGCUGUCCUUGUCCUGCUACAAUAGGGCUCUAUGAACACAGGCAAGCCUGCUAGAAUAAAAUUGAACCGUUUACUUUUAUUACUACUUAUGUAUGCUGUUCUCUUGCCGGUCAUCUGCUGGAGUGCUUAGAAUAAUUUGAAACAACAGGCAAUAUUUAUUUCUAGCUUUGUGUGUCAUGCUUCACAGGAGCACUAUUAAUUUGCGCAUUAUUAUUUAUCCAAACUUCUGGGAAGCUUUACUAUGGAUUGGACAGCACAGUGGAUUAGGAUAGAUUUAAUGUAUGUCCUUGAUUGGUUGAAAACUAUGAGGAAAGCCACAGUGUUUGCCUUUGCUGUAACACUGAAGGGGUAUAUUUAGGAGGUAGCCUACCCCUUCAGUGCUACACAUAAUGCAGUGUGGAUAUGCAUUCGGUAGCUCACGCGGAGGGAUGCUGCGCAAGACCCCAGACCGUCUGCUGAAGGAGAGAGAGAGUCUUUCAGUGUCCUGAAAUCCUUCUUUGCCAGGAGGACAUUUCUCUGUGUAUCAGUGUAAGAGGUACGAGCAUAACUAUUCUGUGUGUCAUUGGAACAAAGAAGAGUUUCACUGUUAUGAACCAAGUGAUAAUGUAUCAGAGCAUAGCGUAAAUGCAAUUCACUGGAACGGACACAGCUCCGAGAGAACCCAGCUGAGGAAGAAAGCCCCAUCUCCCCAGCAAGAGUCAGCAUUAAACGUGCAGCCUCUCAGCUCCCCUGCCCUUCUCCACGUUCUGGUAUCUCGGGAUGGGCUACGCAGGAGAUUCUUUGACAGAUUACAAUCUCAACAAACUCUAACUCAAGAAGAAGAAUGACAGCUAAGAGACUUAAACUAGACUUUUCGCCAUCCUGGAAAGGAACUGGAUCUCGAUAUUUAGAGCUUUUUUAAUACUCUACCUCCCUCUGCUGUUCUCACUGAGAAGUUCUUCAACAAUGGGAAAUCAUGUACUUGCAGCUUCAAUUUCCAUGCUCUCUCUUCUGGCAAUAAUGGGAGACACAGACAGUAAAACAGACAGUGCCUUCAUGAUCGACUCAGACCCCAGUCGCUGUAUGAGGCAUCACUAUGUCGACUCUAUCAGCCACCCGCUGUACAAGUGUAGCUCGAAGAUGGUGCUGCUGGCUCGCUGUGAAGGACGCUGCAGCCAGACAUCACGCUCAGAGCCGAUGGUUUCUUUCAGCACGGUCCUGAAACAGCCUUUCCGUUCCACUUGCCACUGCUGCCGACCCCAGACCUCCAAGCUGAAAGCGAUGCGGUUGCGUUGCUCAGGAGGCAUGAGGCUUACUGCUACUUACCGCUACAUCCUCUCUUGCCACUGUGAAGAGUGCAACUCCUAGGGAUGUACCUGCCACAGCAGUGGAGGGACAGCAACGCUGCUGUUGGAGAAGGCUCCCAAGAAGUACCCUAGGCAAGGGCAAUGAUCCCAGAAUACGGUAACAGUAAGGGAAGGACUAAUCAAGCUGGAUUGCAUUUAAGUGCUGGAGCAUAAAAUAUCCUGGGGCUCUGGAUGGUGCCAGUACUGAAGUGCUGUCUGUGAAAGGCAAAAGCAGGAGGACUUGUUUUUAAGAAACCUUUCUCUUUUCUGAAAGGAUAUUUUUGUGAGUUUCUUUUUUUUCAGGCUCAGCUCUCAUUACAGAGAGGUGGUUUUACUUUAAGGUCAAGGCCAGCAAGGAAAAAGAGAAGAUCAGCUGGAUGACAGCACUGCAUCCUGGAAUUCGGCAUUUGGACAGAGGAUGGACACUGGUUCCUAUAUAUGACCUCUUAACCUAUCAAUUUAUUCUCAAUUUCUUAGUUAUAUUGGCCUUCAAAAUGAACUGUGUUGUCAGUAAGAGUUAUCUGUUACUGAUCUAUUAGCCUAUUAACUUUAAUGGUGGUUUAGCAGAAAUUACAAAUAAAUCAUUGAAAAGUGAA